CUGUGAGCAAAUCGUUCGCUCGAUCUCGCUCUGUCGAUCGGGUCAGGUAGUGGAGGCCAUUUUCUUCUUGUGAAUGUAACAAAGUAUUUUUGAUUUUUUUGUUCAAAAGCAAUAGUGUAAAUGUGUGUCUGCAUUAAGUGGCUUUUGUGACGUGUGUUUGUGCUUAAAAAUAGAGGAUGUACGUGUUUCAAACGAAAUUGUGUUGACCUGCCCAUUUUUACACGGUCGCACAAGCAGGCAUCGAUUAGUGCAAGGCAGCCUCUAGUAUCGAGGAAUCGAGGCGUUGUAAUAGUUUUUUAAGUCCGCCAUGGGCAACAAUGCUGCCACCGCCAACAAGAAGGUGGACGCCGCCGAAAGCGUCAAAGAGUUCCUUGACCAGGCUAAGGAAGACUUCGAAGAAAAAUGGAAAAAGAACCCUACCAACACCGCCGGACUGAAUGAUUUCGAGCGAAUCAAAACGCUCGGUACGGGUUCCUUCGGCCGCGUCAUGAUAGUUCAACAUAAGCCCACGAAAGAAUAUUAUGCUAUGAAAAUUUUAGACAAACAGAAAGUAGUCAAAUUGAAACAGGUCGAGCAUACGUUAAACGAGAAGCGAAUCUUGCAGGCGAUCAAUUUCCCUUUCCUCGUAAGCCUUAAGUUCCAUUUCAAGGAUAACUCCAACCUAUAUAUGGUUUUAGAGUAUGUUCCAGGCGGAGAGAUGUUCUCCCAUUUGAGGAAAGUAGGUCGCUUUUCAGAGCCCCAUUCGAGAUUCUAUGCUGCACAAAUAGUGUUAGCAUUCGAAUAUCUACAUUACCUCGAUCUUAUAUACCGUGAUCUCAAGCCUGAGAAUUUGUUAAUCGACUCCCAGGGCUACCUGAAAGUGACCGACUUUGGUUUUGCUAAGAGAGUGAAGGGCCGCACAUGGACUCUGUGCGGCACCCCGGAGUACCUCGCGCCGGAAAUCAUUUUGUCCAAAGGCUACAACAAGGCCGUGGACUGGUGGGCGCUGGGUGUCCUCGUCUACGAGAUGGCGGCUGGUUACCCGCCGUUCUUCGCCGAUCAACCCAUACAAAUUUACGAGAAAAUUGUAUCAGGUAAGGUCCGCUUCCCGUCACACUUUGGUUCUGAUCUGAAAGAUCUCUUACGCAACCUUCUACAAGUAGAUUUGACAAAACGAUAUGGCAAUCUCAAAGCGGGUGUUAAUGACAUAAAAGGGCAUAAAUGGUUUGCUAGCACCGAUUGGAUAGCCGUUUUUCAGAAGAAGAUUGAAGCACCGUUCAUACCUCGCUGCAAAGGACCCGGCGACACUAGCAAUUUUGACGAUUACGAGGAGGAGGCAUUGCGUAUCUCAUCAACAGAGAAAUGUGCAAAAGAAUUUGCUGAAUUCUGAGCGAUUAAUUGGUGCCUGUAUGUGGACAGGCCCGAAAGAGAGCAUUCGGUAUUUAUGAAUGGUCCGUGAAUGUAGUCACAGCAGUGAAGUGUGCAUUCUAUUGAUGAUGGUCUUGGGUUGUUAUAGACGUUAAAUCGCCCCCAAGCUGUCACAUUCACAUAUAACUCGGAGUGCAAGCAACAUGAUAGGUGUACUGAUUUCUGAUAUUUUGGUGGAGUUUAUUUGCUUAGUGUCCUUUUAAGUCGAUAGAAGAGUAGAUAAGGAAUGGUAUUCCUUGUCUAUGUGAUCCCCACGAUGUUUGUACCAUGGUGUAAAAUGUGAUUUUGUGCACACAGUUCAAAAUAGUUUUUCAUUCAAUUGCUUACCAUAGUACUGAUAACUGAUAACAUACAUGUUUGUAUUUUUUGUAAAUUGUUCAAAAUUAUGCUAUGUUUGCUGAUGAGGUUUUUCUUCUUACUUUUA